CUGUUCCUUAACAUAGUAUGUGUAUGUAUCCAUAGCACAAACACAAUGACUUCAUUUGCAACCCAUUUCUCCCUCCUCACAAUAGCCCUUCUUUCAUUUUCCUGCUUAUCUGCUAACCAGAACCUCCGUCCAUUUGUAUUACCCAUUGGGAAAGACCCAACAACCAAUCUGUUCUACACCUCAGUUGGUGUAGGAACUCCUCGCCACAAUUUCAAUGUCGCCAUUGACCUUGGAGGAUCCCUCCUAUGGUAUGACUGUGACAACCACUACAAUUCUUCAAGCUACCGUCCUGUCCCUUGUAACUCCAAAAUUUGCCCUAAUGAUGCUGGGUGCUCUGGCUGCAUUGAUAGCCCCAUCAAGGCUGGUUGCACAAACGAUACGUGUGGUGCCAACAUAAUCAACCCCUUAGUUGAAGCUAUUUUUCACGGAGACACAGGUGAAGAUGUUUUGUUCAUAUCUAACACCAUUCUCUCUGGCCUCCUUUCCGGGUGUACUAACUCGGAUGUGUUUUCUGUCGACGAACUUCUCAAAGGCUUUCCAAAAACCAUUAAAGGUAUCUUAGGUCUUGCAAGGACACAAUUUGCAUUGCCAUCACAGCUUUCAUUAUCUCAUCACCUACCUCGCAAGUUCUCUCUUUGCUUACCAUCUUCAAACAAGAAAGGACUUGGAAGCCUCUUCCUUGGUGGUGAACCUAAUUCUCAAUCUUCUUCUAAGAUUUUGCUACAAACCACCCGUUUGAUUGUUAACCCCGUCAGCACAGCUCUAAUAUAUUCUAAAUGGGAUGCCUCUUAUGAAUACUUCAUUGCUGUGAAAUCAAUCAAGGUCGGUGGGGAAGUGCUCAGCUUCAAGCCUUCUUUACUUUCCAUUGACAAAAAGGGAUACGGUGGAACCAAGAUUAGCACCACGAAACCCUUCACAGUUUUACACAGCUCCAUCUACAAACCCCUUGUUAGGGGCUUUGUGAAGAAGGCUGCUGAUAGGAAAAUCAAGCAAGUGGGGGCGGUGGCGCCAUUCGGAGCAUGUUUCGAUCUCAGCACCAUUGGCAGGACUGGUACUGGACUGGAUGUGCCUACAAUUGAUUUGGUGCUGCAGGAGGAGAAUGUUGAGUGGAAGAUUUAUGGUGGUAAUUCAAUGGUGUUGGUGAAGAAAAAUGUAGCAUGCUUGGGAUUCGUGGAUGGUGGGAAAGAGGCAAUGACUUCGGUUGUUAUUGGUGGGAGCCAGUUGCAGGAUAACCUUCUGGUGUUUGAUUUAGAUUCUUCCAAACUUAGCUUCAGUUCUUCUCUCCUCCUUCACCAGGCAAGAUGUUCACAUUUCACAGCCUAGCUUGCUAUGAAAUAUGGCUCAGAGUGAUGAUGAUUGAUCGCGUUUAACUUGUUGUAUUUCGUUUUUAACUUCCACUAGCAGCAUUUAGUGUUUUGAGCAAUUCUACUCCCAAUGUACUUUUCUGACUUCUCUUUCCUUGUAAGUUAAUAGAAGGCAUCCAUGACCAUGUGAAGGGUGUGGGCAUCUUCUCUUGCAA